UCUGCAGAAAGCUUCAGGAUUGAAAGAUUCACUCAGACAAAAUGGCUUCCAGAUCAGAGGAGGAUCUCUGCAGUCUGCACUCUGAGAAACUCAAACUCUUCUGUCUGGACCAUCAGCAGCCGGUUUGUCUCGUCUGCAGAGAUUCAGAUAAACACUCCAGCCACAGAUUCAGACCCAUCGAUGAAGCUGCUCAGGAUCACAGAGAGAAUCUGAAAACAUUUCUGGAGCCUUUAAAGAAGAAACUGGAGCUGAAGAAGGAAGUUAAAGAGGAGUUUGAUCAGACAGCAGAACACAUGAAGGUCCAGGCCCGACACACAGAGAGGCAGAUUGUUGAGCAGUUUAAGAAGCUUCAUCAGUUUCUAGCAGAGGAAGAGGAGGCCAGGCUGGCUGCACUGAGGGAGGAAGAGGAGCAGAAGAGAGGGAUGAUGGAGGAGAAGAUGGAGGCUCUGAGCAGAGAGAUAGCAGCUCUUUCAGACACAGUCAGAGCCACAGAGGAGGAGCUGAGAGCUGCAGACGUCUCAUUCCUGCACAACUACAAGGCUGCAGUGGAAAGAGUCCAGCGCUGCCCCCUGCUGGAGGAUCCACAGCUGCCCUCAGGAGCUCUGAUAGACCAGGCCAAACAUCUGGGCAACCUGGCCUUCAACAUCUGGAGCAACAUGAAGAACAUGGUGACCUACACUCUUCUGGUUCUGGACCCAAACACGGCUCAUCCAGAACUCAUCCUGUCUGACGAUCUGAGCAGUUUGAUGUUUGCAGAGCAGCAGCAGCUUCCUGAUAAUCCGGAGCGGUUGGAUAAAUGCCGUUUGGUUCUGAGUUCAGAAGGUUUCAGCUCAGGGAUCCACAGCUGGGACGUCGAUGUCGGAGUCAGUGGGACCUGGAGACUCGGUGUGUUAUCAGAGUCUGGAGGGAGGAAGAACUACAUCACCUCUGCUUUAUGGGAGAUCUGGUUUAGUGAAGGGAAACAUUACAGCUGGUCUCCAGGAGUUCCUCUUACUGUUCUCCCAGAGCAGAAAAAGAUCCGGAGGAUCCGAGUGAAUCUGGACUGGGACAGAGGGAGUCUGUCCUUCUCUGAUCUGGAUACUAACACACACAUACACACCUUCACACACACCUUCAGUGACAGGAUGUUCCCUCACUUUGGCACAGAGAAUAAAAUACAGAUUUUACCUGUGAAGUUCUCAGUAACAGGAGCGAAGCAACAAAGUGACCUUUGACCUGAGCCUCCAGAGCCACAUAAAGCCGGUUCCAGAGUGGGCCUUCUAGCAGCUGCAGAACAUUUCCAGGACCAGAGGACUAAAGUCUCAGAUCAGAGAAACUCAUCCAGGCUUUAGUUUCUCUUUAGUGGCUCUGAUUCCUGCAGCAGCGUCUUCACAGGUCUGAUUGACAACCCAACGGUCCAGAACGCUGCUGCUGGAGUUCUGACUAGAACCAGGAGGGUAGAGCACUGCUUGGUUACCUUUGAUUCAGGAUAACUGGAACAUUUAUUAAUAUUUUUAACGAUGAUUAUUGUUGAUGAUCGGAUUUGUCAAAAUGUAAAUGUUUGGUGAUUGUUGCUUUACUACUGAUACUAGUUCUCAUCAAUAUUAAGGAAUUAUUGGGUUAAAACAAGCUUCUAUAUGUUGUUAAAAAUGUACUUGUAAAUUAGUUUUGUCAUAUUUUCCAUGUAUUAAAAUAUCUGCAUUAAAAACUGGACCAAAAUACUUGGAAAGGUUUUGUUUUUCAGUGCAAUAAAACUGAUUGUCUGAUGUUUUUAUCAUA